CGUUUCCUCUAUUCUUGCUAUACUUUCUUUUGCUUGCACUCUUAUAGAAUGGCUUACCUUACUACUCCGGAGGAUAUUAGCACUCUCCUCAAAUACGACACCUUUCUGUUUGACUGCGACGGUGUUCUCUGGCAAGGGGAUGUCCUUAUCCCCGGUGCAAAAGAAGCACUCGCUUUCCUCAGGGAACAAAAGAAACGCAUCAUCUUCGUAACGAACAACGCUACCAAGAGCCGGAAAGCGUACAAGAAAAAGUUCGACGUCCUCGGGAUCGAGGCUACCGAGGAAGAAGUCUUCGGUUCAGCAUACGCGACCGCCGUCUACUGCUCAACAGUGCUCAACCUCCAACCCACCGACCGGGUCUACAUCAUCGGCAUGUCCGGGAUCGAGGAGGAGCUCUCAGCGGAAGGCAUCCAAUACACCGGUGGAUCCGAUCCUCUCGACUGCCGCGCCGGACCAUACGAGCUCGACGCGUUCACCGACGACCCGAGCGUCAAAGCGGUCAUCGUUGGCCUGGACCAGUAUCUCACGUACACCAAGAUCAGCAAAGCCCUGCAGUACCUGGUCAGGAACGAAGGGUGCCAUUUUAUUGCCACGAAUGAUGAUAGCACGUACCCUGCUAAACUGGGAAUCCUCCCCGGUGCGGGGAGCAUGUCGGCCCCGCUGACGUAUAUUCUCAAGCGUAGUCCGGUUAGUAUCGGCAAGCCGAACAAGACGAUGUUAGACUGUAUUGUUGCCAAGCAACAUCUCGACCGCCAUAAGACGCUCAUGAUCGGCGAUAGGCUAGAGACGGACAUCAAGUUCGGCAUCGAGGGCGGAAUUGAUACCUGCCUCGUCAUGACCGGUAUCGCCAAGCCUGAAGAUGUCGGGGGGCCCAAUGCGAGUGAUAUCAAGCCUACGUACGUGAUGCGCACUGUUGGAGAUCUGGUGCAGCUCGCGGAUUCGUGAUCCGCCCUGAGAAGGGGGGGUUGGACGCUGUGGGAGCGGUAGACGUGCUGCGGGCAGCGGAGUAAUCGGACGGUGGAUUUGGAUUAUAGAUGUACCAACUUAUACCAAUAGAAGGAUCUUUUUCACCCACUCAACUCCCAGCUCUAUUGUGCAUUCUUACUGCUUCUUCAGCUCCCUAUCCUGCGCCGCGAAAUACACGAGCCCAUUCAUGCCCAUAGCAGCAUACGACCCUCCCACGUACCCCAGUACCGCCCCAUAAGCCGGGGUGAGGGGCCACGCCUGCCAGGGCCGGUCCCAGUCUAGUGCAAUUGGGGCUACGCCUGCCCAGGCGCCGACGAGCGUGCCCAGAGCGGGGUAGACGAGGAUCCGCUCCAAUUCCGUUUCGGUCACGAACUCGCUGAACAACCGCGUCCACGUGUACCUCAGGACUAAGCUAGCGGUCGAGCUGUCCUGCCUCGGCGGGGGGAGGACGUACUCCGGUACGUAAGCCGUUAGGAGUGAGAGGAGGAGGGAGAGGAGGAAUGUAUGCGGGAGAUGGUGUGUCGUUGGUGCGCCGAACAGGACUAUGAGGAGGAAGAAGAGCGGAGUGCUGAUGAGCAGGGAGAGGAGGGCGUUCCGUAGCGCAAUCCACUCGCUGCUCGGGUUGGCCAUACCCUCCUGUUUCGCCCACCGUCGCACACUCCCCGCCCAAGCGCCUACACACCCCCACACCCCUAAGCAGACCCAUACAAGCGUCCACGCCGGUGCGGCGGUAAUUGGCUCCAUCCAUGCUGGCUGUGGGUGGUCGAGGCUUGAUUUGGCUGGCGGGAGGGGGAAGAAGAGUGAGGAUGUGCGUGGGAGGUAUAUGAGAGUGAAGAGGAGGAGGAGGGUGUGAGGAGGUAAG